AUGGGCGAUGAGCCAUGCCGGACUCGAUUCCUCUUGGCUCAGACGACUUCAAUUGUUCUACUAUGCUUUACAAUAUUGCUGUUCAUCGUCCUGGCCAUCACCACCAUUCGCCUACGACGCGCUUUUCAUCCGUUUUUCAGUUUCUACUUCUCGAGCCUCGUCAUCCUGUACAUCAUCUGCAUGAUGGCGAUCGUGUUAUGCAAGGUGUGGAGCAUGACCGGCUACGACGGGCCCCUAUCGACAGUCAACACGUAUAUUCUCACCAUAUCCUACUACCUCAUCAGUCCAAUUAACUCCAUGAUCGUCCUCUACUUUUUCAACAAAUCGAUAACCCUAAAAUUAUUAAAAUCCGGCGGCGCAUCGCUCACCCUGCGAUAUCAGUUGGCCGAAAAUAUUAAAGCAAUGCGCGCCGUCAUCCCCUUCCUAAUCUGCGAUAAUUUCAUCACGUGGAACGACCAGCUAUUCGAUAUCCUCUUCGGUGUCGACUACCUCGUUCCGACGGAUUCUUGCGCCGAAGACACCAAAUUUUACCUGUUCUUGCUGACCACAUUGAUUCGCACCGUGCUCAGCUACAUCCAACCGGGCUACAUCCUGUAUCAGCACGACCUAUUUCGCAAGAAAUUCCUGGCGUUAUUCGGCAAAAACGCCGGAAUCAACGUCUUCGCCACGCGACGCACGCAGCCGACGAGCAAAUUGAGAAAGCUAAACAACGUGCUGGGGGCUGAGAUCAAGCUGGCCGUCAGCCAGCAAGAGUACUUUGAUAUAAUAAAGAGUUAUUGG